GUCAUUUCCUGCCGGGCCGGCGGGCCUGCCGGGCGGCGGCGGCUACCGCGGGUCCGAGCCAUGGUGGCGCUGGACAACCCGGAGGGCAGCUCGGAGGCGGCGGCGCUGGCGGGGGUCGCGCAGGGCGGGCGGCGGACGCUCUCCCUGCCCGGCUGCCUGCCCCCACUGGCCAGCCCCCAGGUCAAGAGGCUCUCGGCCGCCAGGCGGAAGCAGCACUUCAUCAACCAGGCUGUGCGGAACUCGGACCUCGUACCCAAGGCCAAGGGGCGUAAGAGCCUCCAGCGCCUGGAGAACACCCAGUACCUCUUGACGCUGCUGGAGGCGGAUGGGGGCGCGUGUGCAGACGAGGGGGACCUGGCCGCCCCCGCAGCUCCCCGCAUAUUUGCUGAGGCCUGUAACAACGAGAGCUACGUGGAGGCGUGGAAUGACUUCAUGAACCGCUCCGGGGAGGAGCAGGAGCGGGUGCUGCGCUACCUGGAGGAGCAGGGCCCCUGCAAGGCCCGCAGGAGGGGGCCCGGCCGCGGGGAGGACCGGCGCAGAGAGCACCCCGCCUACACGCCCAGCGAGUGCUUCCAGCGCAUCAGCCGGCGGCUGCGGGCCGUCCUGAAGAGGAGCCGCAUUCCCAUGGAGACCCUGGAGAACUGGGAGGAGCGGCUGUUGAGCUUCUUCUCCGUGUCCCCUCAGGCCGUGUACACCGCCCUGCUGGACAACAGCUUUGAGCGCCUCCUCCUCCACGCUGUCUGCCAGUACAUGGACCUCAUCUCGGCCAGUACAGACCUGGAGGGCCAGCGCCAGAUGAAGGUGAGCAACCGCCACCUGGACUUCCUGCCCCCCGGACUGCUCCUGUCGGCCUACCUGGGGCGGCACAGCUGAUGGCUGCCCGCGCCAGCCCGCCUUGAUCAUGUUUGUCUCUCUACGACACCCCGUUCUCGUCCACCUCGGGGUGGCUGUCUCCCCCAGCCACUCCUGCCCACCUCGACCAGAAGCCCACCUGACUGGUGUCGAGACCCUGGUGGCCCUGGCUUUCUCCCACUGAGCCUUGUAUUUCGGUGGGGGCCUGGGUCUGCUCACUGCUGUUAUUUUCUGCCUUCAGCUUUAGAGGCUGGGUUUUUAUCACUUUUAAAGAAUUUGGUGUGAUUUGUUGUAGAUUUUAAAAAGUUCCCUUUUGGGGGGAAAAAAAAACCAAAACCUCGCUCCCACUGAGAGGGGAGGAGGUUCACUCCUGCUCCUGCGUGACCCUCUCUGUUGUGGGGCCUGGAUGGGGGGGGGGGUCUCUGGGGCUGGCCCCCCUCGCCAGGUGCGUGGCGUUGUGUGUGCAUGCAUGUGACUGCAUUUUACCCUGCUCUGGGAUGUACCCUGCCACCCCUCCCCGUGCCUUUUGGGAGGGUUCCCUGCCGGCUGUCCCCUCACUGUCCUCCCUCGCCUUCAUUCUGGGGUCCGGGACUUCCAGCCAGAAGCCACUGCCCCACUGCUCCGUCCCCUCCCCAUGGCCCCUCAGCCCCCAGCCUGGCUCUGUGGAUAUGGUGUGUCCUUGCGUCCCUUGAGCGGGGGGAUUCCUGCACCCCGUGUGUGCUGAGUACAGACCUCAAUAAAAUUCUGGUGCUCUGGG